AGAAUGCAAAGCAGUCGCUUCCUAGCGUACUGAGUAAAGCAGGCACAUUUCCCAAAGCCUCUGUCGUCUCACCUUGCAGUUUGUAGUUCUUAAAUCUCUCCUUAGGCUCCUGGGGAAUAGAUAAUAAGUUGAGGAAACAGUAUUCCGACAUUGACCUGUUUGUGGAGGGCGUCAGUGCGGGGUACCGCAGGACGACAGUCGGGUUGUGUUGGUGCAGUGCCCAGAACAGUUCCCAGAGAUAAUUGCUCGUGGUGAUGGCUUGCAGCGUCAUAAACAAAAGAAGGCACGUGGGACUUCAACAGCUUUCAUCAUUCGCACAAACAGGAAGAAGUUUCCUAGGCCCAGUAAAAGCCACCAAGUUUAUUACAGAUGCAGAGUGUCAUGAGAGUGUGUUAAUCAGCUCAACAGUCAGACUUCUUGAAGGUUUGGAUUUAACCUGUGCAGUGGGGCAGCUUCUCAACGAAGCAGUUCAAGCACAGCAUGGUGCACAUAGAAUUGGAACCAGCACUCUCUUGUUUCUUGUUGGUGCAUGGAGCAGAGCUGUUGAAGAAUGUCUCCAUCUGGGUGUUCCCACUACAAUAAUAGUGUCAGUAAUGUCUGAGGGCUUGAACUCUUGUAUUGAAACAGUAGUUUCCCUUCAAGUACCCAUAUGCCAUGUAUUUGACCACAUGGACAACUCAAGGAUAGUUUACAAACUUGAAACAGUUGAUGUCAACUUGCGUCCUUCAGGUCCUGGGUUGUUAAAGGAAAAACAUCAUUUCAAAGAUGCUACAUCUCGGUUACUGUCCUCUUACAGUCUUUCUGGGAGCCAUGCUACAUCACCCAAAUUCUUCAAAACUCAGGCUAAGGUUGAAACAGAAGAAAACAUACCACAGACUCUGCGAAACAGCCUGCAUGCAGAUUCCUUCUGCAGAAAGUCAGCAUUAACUCACAGUAGGCAUUUUACUAGGACAGAUAAUAGCCACGGGAUAAGCAGACCUGAUGGAUUUCUAGAACAGUGUGGGUCAUCAACUCCCAGAACUUCUUCAUGUAAUGCAUUGGUAGAGUUAGCAGUCGGCUUAAGCCAUGGAGACCACAGCAGCAUGGCAUUGGCAGAAGCAGCUGUGAGGCUGCAGUGGCAGAGUGUGCAUCUGCAGCGAGACAACUGUGAGGCACCAUUUGUGUUUGAUGUUUCAAGACUCCUCACUUGCUGUCUCCCGGGCUUACCUGAAACUUGUUCUUGUGUUUGUUUAGGAUAUGUCACUGCCGUACCCAUGUCUAGUCUUGCUCUGAUAAAGGAAUUGCAGGAUCAACCUUUCCGGGUGAUUCUCAUCGAGGGUGACCUCACAGAGAGUUACCGCCACCUGGGAUUUAAUAAGUCUGUAAAUAUUAAGACUAAGUUAGAUAGUGGAAAGCUUCCAGAAGAUAGUGCAGAAGAACUGUGGGCAAAAAGUGUGUUGCAGGUGUUAACCCAGUUCAAUGUGAACCUCGUCCUGGUACAAGGAAAUGUAUCUGAACACCUCACUGAAAAAUGUACGCACAGUAAGCGGCUGGUGAUUGGGUCGGUGAAUGGCAGUGCGUUGCGAGCGUUUGCAGAGGCUACAGGAGCAGCACCAGUAGCCUAUGUUACACAAGUGAACGAAGACUGUGUGGGCUCUGAGGUCUCCGUGACCUCCUGGACAAGUCCUCAUGAUGUGAGCGGGCGCAACAGAAUGGCAGUCUUGUUAAAAACAGAAAGAAUUAAUUUGAUUACAGCCGUACUCACCAGCCCAGUAAGUGCUCAGAUGGAAGCCAAGGAAGACAGGUUUUGGUCUUGUGUAUAUCGUUUGUAUCAUGCCCUAAAAGAGGAGAAGGUCUUCCUUGGUGGUGGUGCUGUUGAAUUUUUAUGUCUUAGUCAUCUUCAGAUUCUUGCUGAACAACCUUUAAAUAAAGAAAAUAAUGCUUGUUCAGGAUGGCUUCCUGAUUCUUCCUCUUGGAUGGCCUCGUCUCUGUCCGUCUAUAGACCUACUGUGCUGAAGUGCAUGGCAAGCGGGUGGCGUGAAUACCUGUCAGCUGUCAUGUGUAACACCGCCACUCACCCAUCAGCCGUGGAAGCCAGCACGUGCAUUCAACAUCAUGUACAAAAGGCCACCAGCUCUGGCUCCCCUUCAUCUUACAUCUUGAGUAAAUACAGUAAACUAAGUAGUGAACUUUUUCAUUCAGGUAUUUCAGAUAACCUGGAGCUAGUUCCGAGAGUUUAUGAUACUGUUACCCCAAAGACCGAAGCAUGGCGCCGAGCAUUGGACUUAGUGCUCUUAGUGCUUCAGACAGACAGUGAAAUAAUUACUGGACUUGAACACACACAGAUAAACUCACAGGAAUUAGAUGGAGUUUUAUUUUUGUAG